GAAAAGUUCAAGUCGGUGAGCUUUGCUCUGCACUGUCGACUGUUACACAGAAGUUUUCAAUCUCAUCUGAUCGAUAAACCUAGAUGAGACUAUGGGCACUCCAGUGGUAAUUACUAGAGAAGGCAUGGGUUCCAAAUGUAUGUUGUACUUAUCUGAUGAAUGUACCCCUGGCAUUAUCCCAAACAGCACUUUCCCAACCACUUCAUAUUAUUGGGAAAACAGCACCGAUUUUUUUGACUUUCACACGAACACAAUGAACACCCUUAUCCCCAUCAGUAUUACCACUGUCUACUCGCUCAUUUUUGUGGUGGGUACGGUGGGCAACUGCCUAGUUAUGUAUGUGAUCGUCAGACACACCAAGAUGAAGACAGCUACCAAUAUUUAUAUUUUUAAUCUUGCCGCAGCAGAUGCUCUAGCGACAAGCACAAUGCCUUUCCAGAGUGCUGAUUAUUUGUUGGGAUCUUGGCCAUUUGGAGAUACAUUGUGUAAAAUAGUUGUCUCCAUUGAUUAUUACAAUAUGUUUACGAGUAUUUUCACAUUGACAAUGAUGAGUGUUGACCGAUAUAUUGCUGUGUGCCAUCCAGUGAAGGCAUUGGAUUUCCGUACCCCUUUGAAGGCAAAAGUGAUAAACGUUUGCAUCUGGAUCCUCGCCUCAGUUAUUGGCAUACCUGUUACAGUGCUGGGGGGCACUGGGACAAGGAAUGGUAGUGUCGAAUGUGAGUUGAAAUUCCCACAACCCUACUGGUACUGGGACACCAUACUGAAAAUCUGUGUUUUUAUCUUUGCCUUUGUUAUCCCUGUUCUCAUCAUCUCUGCAUGCUACAGCCUGAUGAUUCUGCGUUUAAAGAGUGUGAGGCUACUUUCUGGUUCCAGAGAAAAAGACAGAAACUUGCGUCGAAUCACACAUAUGGUCCUCAUUGUUGUAGCAGUUUUCAUCAUCUGUUGGACUCCCAUUCACAUUUUUGUAUUAGUCAAAGCUUUGACAGAUGUGCCUGAAACUACAGUAGUAUCUGCCUGCUAUUAUUUCUCGGUAGCACUUGGUUAUACCAAUAGCAGCCUUAAUCCCAUUCUCUAUGCUUUUCUGGAUGAAAAUUUUAAAAGGUGCUUCAAAGAUUUUUGCUGUUCCUCGGGGAUGAAGCUCGAGUUGCAGACCAGCAGCAGAGUAAGGAAUACCACACAUAAUACAUUGUUCCGCAAUAGUGUAGGGAAUGCACACCGGGAAGUAUGA